GGAAGUCCGGUGGUGGAACCAGAGAGCGCUAAAGGAAGCGUCCCUAGUUCCACCGGUCAGUCGGCUGGGAACAGCAUCCAUCUGAUCAAACCCAGUACAUCCUCAGUUUUAUCGAUGUCAUCCGCCUGUGAACGAUCCUCAAACGUGUCUAGUACACCUUUGCCGGCCACGUUACUUUCCAGUCAAGCAACUCCUCCCGGUAUUCAUCAGCCCGUAGUCGGCCCAGCCAACUCCGCGACCUAUCGUGCUCAAUUGCCGAGUUCUGUACAACCGACCGCCCUGACUAGCGCCAUUCAACCAGCAAACAAGCUUUUAGAACAGCAACAGCAGCAGCAGCAGCAGCAGCAGCAACAACAACCACCAUCACCAAUUCCACCCUCUCCACCACUGACACCUCCAGACGCCUCCUGUUUCCCACAAACGCUAGUCAACGGGGAUGCAAACAAGCUGAAUUUCCCAACAGGCGUGGAUAUGGUUGUCCAGUUACAAGGUCUGGUUGAUCGUCUUCGUGCCGCAGUUCGUUCGAGGGAUUUUCGUAUUCAAGAAUUGGAACGAGAAGUGGACAAAUUGCGUUCGGUUCUGGAUCAACAACUGGUUGAAUCGUGGAACCAGAACAGAUCCGAUUCCUCCAAUCAGCUGGAAACAAUCAGUUUGAACCGGGAUAAUUUAGCUCCAGUUUCGGAGGACGGUUCCACCGAUCAAAAUUCCACCAUAGAUACUCAGAUUCCCACAGCACCCAAAGAACCUGAAGUCAUUCAUUCCGAUUCCCCGGCCGCAGUGCUGCUUCUGCGCAAACGUCUCGGUGUAUCCGGUGAAUCUAUACGACCGGCGAAAGAAUUGAAGUAUCAUGAAAAGGAUGCUAGAUCUCGACAACAAAUUCGUGAGGCUCUACGGAGUAAUGAUUUACUCAUGAAUCUGGAUGCCGUUCAGUUGCAAGAGAUGGUCAGUUGCAUGUAUGAACAAGUCAUUCCAGCUGGUUGCUUCAUUAUUCGGGAGGGCGAUGACGGCGAGCAUUUAUACGUGGGAGCUGAGGGAGAAUACGAAGUGACUAAAGGCGGGAAACCGUUGUGUAUUAUGAAUUCCGGACGAUGCUUUGGUGAACUGGCCCUGUUGUACAAUUGCAAACGAACUGCCUCAGUUCGAGCUCUCAUUCAGUCACGUGUUUGGGCUCUAGAUCGGGGCUGUUUCCAAGCCAUCAUGAUGAAAACCGGGUUGAAGCGGCUGGAAGAACGGAAAGCAUUUUUGCGCAGGUGA